AUGACGGACGCAGAUGAUGUCGACCUCGUGAACUUUGCGUCGUCUUUAUUGGACGUCGUCGGUGUCGAUUCUGAUCUUCCAGAAGCAACACUAGAUGCUGCUACACUCGAUGCAGUACACGCAGCUAUUAACGCUUCAUUAAAUCUCGAAUCUGAGUCGAUAUCGACAAAUACUUUGUCUCUCGAGCUAUCAGCAGCAAUCAAUGAGGACCUAAAAGAGCCCAUUUUAACUGAAAAUAGUCCAAAAAUUGGUCCAAAAAAUAGUAACGAUGAUACCGUGCGAAUUCUGAUGUGGUUUCGACGCGAUCUUCGUCUUCAUGACAAUCUCGCACUCACGGAAGCGUUGCAAUUGGUGAAGCAGCAGGAGGAAAACAUGACGCAUCGUUUGGGCUACAAGGUCAUUUUUAUUCCACUUUACAUUGUGCAUCGUCCCAAAAUCAUGUUGUGUGGAGUUAAUCGCUUCCAAUUUAUGCUGGAAAGCGUAUCGGACUUGGCGGAUGCAUUGGCAGCUCGUGGGUCACGCCUUGUGGUGGCUCGAGGAGACGGUGUGCAAGUGUUACGGCGAUUGUUGCCGGCAUGGCGUAUUACGCACCUCUUUUUUGACGCAGCAAGUGAACCUUUUGCUAUUGAUCGAGAUAACCGUGUCGUAGCUUUGGCAACACAACUUGGUAUCAAAACCCAUGUGACACAUGGAUACACACUCUACGACUUGGAUGCAAUUAUUGCAGGGAAUGGAGGAGAACCACCCAAGACGUACACGGCUUUUCUUCGGGCGUUGGCUGUACAUCCGAAGCCUCCAAAGCCACUACCGACACCGAAACAAGUUCCUGCUCCUGCGUUCUUGCCAAGUCAGUUGUAUCAGCAAGUUGCGGAUUACUGGAAAAAUCGUGGCAAGCCUGAUAGAUUAGAUGGGAAAGAGGAGAAGACGGAAGACGAGGCAGAGAUAGACGCUUUUGAAGAAAUAACGAAACACCUUGAAGAGAUUGCGGGCUCUGAGCAGCAGUUCACGCUUCCCGAGGUGACGGACUUUGGUUACGAUGCACCCGAGAGACACCCCUUUAUCUACGGUGGCGAGCAAAUAGCGCUGAGCAUUCUGCGUGACUACUGUCACAAUGAAGGCCGCGUGGUUAAGUUUGAGAAGCCCAAGACGUCUCCAGCGCAGACGACACCAUCUUCAUCGACAACAUCACUAAGCCCGUACUUAUAUUUUGGUUGCAUCAGUCCGCGGACAUUCUUGUACCACGUUCGAGGAAUUCAAGAGCACCAUGCCAAGGCGCUUUCAGCUACACCUGUGAGCUUGGAUGGCCAGCUCCUUUGGCGUGAAUUCUUUCAUUGCCAUGGCCUUGCCAAUCCACAUUUUGACAAAAUGGAGGAGAGCCCUACUUGCCUCCAAAUUGAUUGGAGAUGGCAUACAAUUCCACAAAAGGAGGAGGAUAUGACUGAUGAUGACAAGCUCGCACGAUCACAGUUUCAGGCGUGGACAAAUGGUCAGACUGGUUUUCCGUGGAUCGACGCCAUUAUGAUUCAGCUUAAGGAGGAAGGGUGGAUGCAUCAUCUAGCGCGUCACUCAGUAGCAUGCUUUCUUACUCGUGGCGAUCUGUACAUUUCUUGGGUGCGUGGGCUUGAAGUUUUCCAGGAACGUCUGAUCGAUCACGACUGGAGUAUUAACGCCGGCAACUGGCUUUGGCUUAGCAGCAGCUAUUUUUUCACAGCCUACUUCCGUGUCUACUCGCCGUCAACCUUUGGCAAGAAAUGGGACCCCGACGGUCUGUUUAUUCGCAAGUACGUGCCGGCACUGAGCAAGAUGCCAGUCAAGUAUAUCUAUGAACCCUGGAAAGCACCCUUGAGUGUCCAACACGCUGCAGGCUGCCUCAUUGGAAAAGAAUAUCCUUUUCCCAUUGUGGAUCACAAAAUCGCAAUGCGUCGGUGCAUGGUGGGCAUGAAAAAGGCAUAUGCCAUCGGUGCGUACGGAAAACCCCCAGUUCCACGACCCCUCACCAGCCCGUCACACAAACGUGCGCGUGAAAUUUCGUCGAGCUCAUCGGAAACAUCCGAAGGAUGA